ACUACAGCGGUUGCUACCAGGACGACGCGCGGCGCCCAGGAGAAGAAGAGCCAAGGUUGUCGGCGUACGGCGGAGAAGGCGAGCAUGGGCAUGCCGUCCGUCAAGGCGCGGGCAAUGCCCGGCUUCCAGCACACGCCUCCGGGCUCGUGCUGCUUCGACGACGUCGGCAUGCCGCCGGAGCACAUGCGCGCCUUCGAGGCGUACCUCGAGAAGGUGGUGCCGGUGGACAUGAUCGUGGCGUCGCGGCGGGAGGAGGACGCGCGUCUCCGGCGUGGGGGCAAGCCGAGGAGCUACGACGACGACGUGAAAGAGAAGCUCAAGCUGUGGGCCAAGGCAGUGGCCGAGAACACGACGGGUGUGCGUGUAAUUAACUCAUGCAUGAGAGGAUAGACGGGUUUCAUUCUAUUUCGUGCAGUAGCUAGGUUAGCCUAAGAAGAUAUAGCUAGGCUUAAAAUUUGUUCAAUUAAUUUGACAGCGAUGGAAC